GUUUUUUUAAACAAACUACAUUUUUAAUACAAUAUUUUUGUAAGAAGACAGAACGCAUUUCACUCAUCUCUUUCCUGAACGCGAAAGAAGUUUAAACACCAAACCCAUUAGACUUCCGUCUAUUUUUCAUGGGUAAUGUAGUUCUUGGUUGUUAUUGGUCGAAAGAGCGACGCGCGGAAGUUUGUGAGGGCAUCCCAUCCUCUGUCAACAACCGGUUGAGCAGUACCUCGUUCAGUUUAGUCACAAAUGUUCAAUUUUAUUAUCAAUCACUCAGCUAAGACUGUUAAUGGUAGAGUCUCUACCAUUACAUAUGCAGACUAGUCAGUUUCUUCUUCUUCGGUGGCGUGGCCAUGGACGGGCGGUGUUCUGUUGAGACUUGGGCAGAGUUUGGCUUUUCAGGAACAUCAUGCACACAGAGGGUGAAGUUUGGUUUUGGGACAGAUGUGUUCCUUUGCACUGGCAGCGACGAGGUCUAUGUCUUCAGUACUCAGGAGAAAAAACUCACAGCUGUCCUCCAGUGUCCUGGUCCUGUGAGGGAUCUGGUUGAAAGUCAUGACAAGCAGCUCAUUUACUUAGCCUGCAUGAGCGGAGUGUAUUGUGUCAGCUCACACUUUCUGCUACCCAGAAGUCAAAGCUCCCCAGCUGAUGCAUCCUCCAGUCCAGCUGAGCUGAAAAUCUCCUCAGAGUUUCUUGUUGUUCCAGAAGAAGGAGUGUUAUCGCUGCUCCUCGUCGGCUCUGUGCUCCUGACUCUUUCCCAGAGAGACACAUCCAGGAUGUUGACUCUGUACAAAUCCUCAAACUAUGAGAUGCUCAGUUCAAUCAGUCUACCUCUGUGCUUAGGAGUUGUACACAAUGACACUGAGAGAAAGACAAUAAUAAGGAGGCCUGUGCUGAUGUGUGUCCACUCUAGUGAUGCAACACCAUCAUCCUCUUCCUCUUCAUCAGAGGCAACUUUAAGUGACGGCCACUUUCAUCUUGAGACGGUCCUCUUCAAACUUCUGUUUGGGAUUGACGCUGCCCUCACCAAAUCACCAGUCAUCCUUUGUGGCCUGCAGGACGGGGGCUUGUGUUUCCUCCCUCUGCGUCUCCCAGGAUCGCGGCUCAGAGUCCUGUACAGCCUGGAGCAGCCAGUUGUAUUUGUUGGAGCAACAGAAACGGGUCCAGGACGUGCACAUUGUUUGGUGGCAGUUGGUGAGCGAGGGAGAGUGGUGCUGAUCAAAACAGACAAGGGAGGGUCAGAGGAAGGGGGCAGCAGGACUUGUUUUAUUGAGGGGUGUGUACCAGGGCCUGUGCUGUGUGGCACUGUGGAUAAAAACUAUCUUUACUACAGCACCGGGUCGGACCUGUUGGUACUGGAUCUAUCACAGGGAUCAGCUGGAAGAGAAGGCCAAGGAAAGGAUGAAGAGACAUCCGGUAGGACAGCAGUCGCCCUUCAAACCCCCACCAGUUUAAAUGUGUGUAGAGUCACCGCCUUGGCUGAACAUACAGGCAACACUGCAGGUGAAGUUCAGCUGCUGGGUCUGUCUGUCAGAGGGCAGCUCCAGAGGAUUACCUUACCUGUGGGGACAGAAGAUGCAAGAUUGUCCAAGCUGCCCUCAACACAGGUGGGCCGCAGCAUCAGGGACCUCCUGUCUGCUAUCGGGGACGUCUGUGAAAGAGCAUCACUGCUGAAAACUGCCAUCAAAACCAAAAACCAAAUCCUGAGGCGGCUGAAUCAGGUGCUUAACAUCAGCUUCCUGCUGACCGCUAGUACAAAUAGCGAGGAGCAUGUUCCCAUCCGGGAGAAACCAAUCAGAUGUCAUGGUGUGACCAGCUGGAGCAGAUUGCUUCAAAAAGACUCCCUGAACUUGACAUGUGUCCUGGAAAAUUCAAGUCCUUAUGCUUUGGAACAAGGCUGGACUCUGAGCAUCGCUGUGUUUCCUCUGUCCUGUCCUCCCAGUGCAGGAGGGGAAAGUUCCUCCACAAAUUUUUCAUUCCCAUUCCACAAUCUCCAUCCAGGGGAGACUUUAGAAGUGUCGCUGCCGCUAGCAGCUGCCGGCGAGGCAUCCUUCCCCAUGACCGUGAGCUGCUCACUCAUCUUCUCCCUCACAGAUCUCCUGGGAGAGGAGGCUGCAGAGCUUCUUAGUCUGCAGAGUGGCUGCAUCAGUUUGCCCUUAAACACACUGACAGUGGAUUGGUUGCACGCCCUGCAGGUGAUCAGCCCCACGGCAACUCAAUCCAACACUGUAACAGAUUCCAUCCGAGCUUUUUUAAGCUCAAAAAGUGGUGGAAGAGCAGAGGGAAGAGGAGAGAGUUCUUCAAAGCUGGAGCGAGAGCAGUGUACAGCACAUGUACGGGUGUCGUCAGAGUUACUGAAGGACACGCUGCUGUUAAAAAGCUCACAUUCAGGUGCUCAGGGGCCUAAGCUGGCUACACAAAAUGUGGCCCUUUGUCUGCUGGAAUGGCUGUUGUCUGAAGGUCCUGGAGGAGUGAAGACAGGAGAAAAUAAGAUCAGCAGUUCAGUGGUCCAUGCUCGAGAUCCAAACGGACGCACAGUUAAACUGACUGCAAAAGAGGUACAUUUCGGGGAGGAGGGCACAGAGACCACAGUGGACGUUCAGGUGGAGAGCUCAUCUGUAACAGCGCUGUGUGGACUGCAUCAUGCUGUGCUGCGCCGGCUACAGACUCUGUUGCAGAGAGCUCCUGAGAGGGCGUCUUCCACAAAGAGCGUGCAGAGUCUAGGGUUAAGACAGGCGCUGCAGCGGGCCGAGCACCUGUUGCAGCAAAUCCAGCAACAUCGAAUCUCAGGGGCCUUCGGUGUGGGCGUGUCCACGGGGCAGAUGACCCAAUCGCUUCUCAGCGUUUACCGAGACCUCAGAGAAAACCCUCUCCUUAUAAUUUGACACUUUCUUUUGUCCGAGCCUACGCAGCUGCCCUCGGCCUUGUCCGGUGUUAUGUAACCUGUCUUGAAAAUGAAUCUAUUGCUGUGUUAACAUGUACUUGCAACACUAUAAAUGGCUUGCCAAGUGAUAU